AUGACGUCUAUCAAACCAUUUCAAAUUGAAGAUUUAUUUGAAAUAAAUCCAGUUAAUCUAGACCCAUUAACUGAAAAUUUCAAUUUGCAAUUUUAUUUUCAGUAUCUAAUCGAAUGGCCAUCUCUAUUUUUCAAAUCAGUUGAAGUAAGCAAUGACUUUAAUCAGAACCACGAAAUCAGUGGAUACAUGAUGGGCAAAAAUGAAGGAAAAUUGUCAAAGAAAGAAUGGCAUACUCAUAUAACGGCAGUCACGGUGAAUGCUCAGUAUAGAAGAAUAGGAUUGGCGUCAGACUUAUGCUUGCAUUUGGAAAACUUGGUUAAAGAUAAACCACAUGAAACAUUGUUCAUAGAUUUGUUUGUUAAGGUAACGAACAUCUUGGCUCAACACCUAUACGAAAAACUAGGUUACAGUGUAUAUCGACGGGUGGUUGGCUAUUAUGGGCGAGACCCACCAACUGAUAAAAACGCUAUAAAUGACCAGAUUGAUGCCUUUGACAUGAGAAAGCUGUUACCCAAGGACAUUAAUAAUGAAACGGUGAGAGCUAAUGGCCGUGAAGUCAAUGUUUUUCCACACGAGGUGGCUUUUUAG